CCCGUGGCCGCGUAGAAUCUGCCUGGCAGGAGACCCCCAGAUGGUCAGUGCCCCAGAGACGGCCAAACCCUCCGCCGCCCAGCCUCACGGCCGUCCCGCCCCAGCAGCCCCAUGUCAGCCUCCCAGCUGGCAGCGCUGGAAGGAGCGGAGUCGGAGGCCGAGGGGUUGCCCUUGACCGAGGCCAGCCCCGGCUUCCUGUAUUCCGAGGGCCAGCGGCUGGCGCUCGAGGCCCUGCUGAGCAAGGGCGCGGCGGCGUUCGAGGCCUGCGUGCAGCGAGAGGGGCUGCGGCCCUUCCUGAGCGGGGAAGAGCUGCGGAGUCUGGCGGCGGCGGCCGAAGACUGGACAGCGUCCAAGCAGCGGCCCGACAGGGCGGCAGAGGGAGCCGCCGCCACCGAUGGGGACUCGGGCAGCCUGACCUACUGGCCUGGACGGUCGGAGGAGCUGGUUCCCACGCUGCGGCUGGGCUGGCCGGAGGACCCGGCCUGGAAGGGAAUCACCCGGGUGCAGCUGUUCACCCAGCCACCCGACGAGGGCCACCCGCCCCUCAAGGAGCUGGUGCGCCAGGAAAUCCAGGCCGCCCGCAAGCUAGUGGCCGUGGUCAUGGACAUCUUCACCGACCCAGACCUGCUCUCGGACCUGUUAGACGCCGCCACACGCCGCUGGGUGCCUGUCUACCUCCUCCUGGACCGCCAGCAGCUGCCUGCCUUCCUGACGCUGGCCCAGCAGCUGGGGGUGAACCCCUGGGCCACUGAGAACCUGGAUAUCCGGGUCGUGCGAGGUUGCAGUUUCCAGAGCCGCUGGCGACGGCAGGUGAGUGGCAACGUGCGUGAGAAAUUUGUGCUGCUGGACGGCGAGAGGGUCAUCUCCGGAUCCUACAGCUUCACGUGGAGCGACUCCCGCCUGCACCGAGGCCUGGUGACCCUGUUGACCGGCGAGAUUGCUGCCGCCUUCAGCCGAGAGUUCCGGACACUGUAUGCGGCCUCCUGGCCACUCCCGUCCGCGCCCACCUCGGGCCCCUUCGUCAGCAUUGUGGGGGGGCUGCAGCUGGCCUACAACCCCCACCGUGUGGCCUGCCGCCGCUCUGUGGCCCCCGUGUCACCGCCACCGCCCGAUGGCCCGCUGGCCCAACGCUUGGCCGCCUGCCGAGUCUUUGACGGGGACAGGCAGGAGACCCCGGCCGCCCCAGGGCCGGCGCUGAGCGACAUCCUGAGGAGCGUCCGGCGCGCCCGGACCCCCAGCGGCCCCCCGGCCCGGCCCAGCCACUCCCUGUGGGACCUGAGCCGCCUGUCGCAGCUGUCCGGCUCCAGCGACGGUGACAACGAGCUCAAGAAAUCCUGGGGUUCCAAGGACACCCCCGCGAAGGCCCUGAUGAGGCAGCGGGGCAUGGGAGGGGCCCCCUGGGGUGAGACAGAACCCCGUCCUCCGGGCCGGGCCCACCCCCCAGGCGGCCCCCUCCGCGUCCUCCCUGCCCGCCGCCUCCGCCAUCUGUCCCCGACCAGAAGGAGGUUCGCUGAGAAUGCAACCUCCAAGCCGCGGGAGCCCCGAGGCACCCAGCAGCCAGACUGGGCUGCCCAGGCGGGACUCGGGGGGCGACCCUGACGGGAGCCAAAGCCACCCUGGACGGGCCUGUCGACGGUCACCUCCCAGCCCCCCCCCCCCCCGGCCCCCGUCCGUGUUGUGCCUUGGACAAGGCUUCUGGCCUCGGUGUCCGGGAAGCGGCAGGGAUGUUUCCCCCUUUGUUCCAGAACUCGGGCAAGCCCAGUGCCCAGUCUAGAUGCCAGUGUCGCAGUUCAGAAAAAUGGGCAGAAAGUGUCGACCCGCUGGCAUCCCGGGACAGGGCAUAUCCAAUUGCG